GGUGACAAUCAGCGUCUCGAGUUCCUCGGCGAUUCGCUUCUCAAGUUCGCCUCCACAGACUAUCUCUUCCGCCACUUCCCGAGACACCACGAGGGGCAUUUAUCACUUUUGAAGAACUCUUUGGUAAAUAAAUACACCCAGGCUGCUGUCUGUACUGAGCUUGGCCUUGAUCAUUACAUCGUUCGUCGUGAAGACAACGCCUCAACUCGUCCUCCGGUGGCGACUACCGUCAGUCGGAAGUCACCGGGCCCUCAGUCUGUGUCAAUCCCCUUAACGCAUGAAAGCGAGGCGAUGCCAGCCGUCACACCCAUACCAUAUGAGCUUGCCUCCAGCAAGAUGGAGCAUGCAACCAAGCCGGCUCCGUCAGCUGCUCAGCAGAAUCAAAAUGUCAAAUUCCGUGCUGACCUUUUGGAAGGUUAG